GGAAGUGGCGGGCGGGGACUCAGGGGGGCGUGCAGGUGAGCCGACUGGCAGGGGUUUGCCGGCAUGGCUGAGGCCAGGAAGCGGCGGGAGCUUCUUCCCCUGAUCUACCAGCAUCUGCUACAGGCGGGCUACGUGCGCGCGGCGCGGGAAGUGAAGGAGCAGAGUGGCCAGAAAAGUUUCCUGGCUCAGCCUGUAACCCUUCUGGACAUCUAUACUCACUGGCAACAGACGUCAGAGGUUGGCCAGAAGCGGAAGGCAGAGGAAGAUGCAGCGCUGCAGGCUAAGAAGACCCGUGUGUCCGACCCCAUUAGCAGCUCAGAGAGCUCAGAAGAGGAGGAGGAGGCAGAGGCCGAGACCGCCAAAGCCACCCCAAGACUGGCGCCCACCAACUCCUCGGUUCCGGGGGCAGUUGUGCCAUCAGGCACGAAAGAAAAAGCCAGGGCAAAGACCAAGAAGGCCGGCAAGGUGGUGAACUCCACACCGCAUCCUGCCGCUGGGAAGGCGGUGGCCCACCUUCUGUCUGGGAGGUCACCUAAGAAGUCAGCAGGGCCUUCAGCGAAUACCAUCCUGGCCUCAGAAACUGAGGAGGAGGGCAGUGUCCAGGCCCUCAGAACCCCGGCCAAGCCUGGAAUGGCAUCGGCCAGCCAGGCUGACAGCUCCAGUGAGGAGACCUCCACCUCGAGCGAUGAGACAUAUGUGGAGGUGAAACCUUCAGUAAAACCACCCCAGGUCAAAACCUCAUCAGCCCCUGCCAAGGACUCCCUAGGGAGAGGGGCAGCCCCAACCCCUGGGAAGGCAGGGGAUGUGACACCCCAAGUCAGAGGAGGUGCCCUGACCCUAGCCAGCAAGGCCAAGAAGCCAGAAGAGGACUCGGAGAGCAGUGAGGAGUCGUCUGAGAGUGAGGAGGGGGCCCCUUUGGAGCCGCCCCACCAGGCGAAGGCCUCGGAGAAAAUUGUCCAGGCCAGGGCCGCCUCGGGCCCCGUUAAGGGGACCCCUGGGAAAGGGGCCACCCCAGCACCCCCUGGGAGGACAGGACCUGCAGCUGCCCGGGCCAAGUCAGGGAAGCCAGAGGAGGAUUCAGAGAGCAGCAGUGAGGAGGAGUCUGACAGCGAGGAGGAGCCGCCAGCUGCCAAGACGCCACUUCAGGUGAAGCCUUCAGGGAAGACCCCCCAGGUCAAAGCUGCCGCAGCCUCUGCCAAGGAGUCCCCUAGGAAAGGGGCCCCUCCAGUGCCCCCUGGCAAGGCAGGGCCUACAGCUGCCCAGGCUCAGGUGGGGAAGGGGAAGGGGAAGGGGGAAGAAGACCCAGAGAGCAGCACUGAGGAAUCCGACAGCGAGGGGGAGGCGCCAGCAGCCGUGCCCCUAGCCACGAGCCCUGUUCAGGCAAAGCCCUUGGGGCAAAACUCCCAGGUCAGAGCAGCCUCCGGUCCCGUGAAGGGGCCCCCUCAGAAGGCAGGGCCUGCAGCCACCCAAGCAGGGAAGCAGGAGGAGGACUCAGGGAGCAGCAGCGAGGAGGAGUCAGACAGCGAGGGGGAGGCGCCGGCCCAGGCAAAGUCCUCGGGGAAGAUCAUCCAGGUCACAGCUGCCUCACGUCCUGCCACGGGGCCCCCUCAGAAGGCAGGGCCUGCAGCCACCCAGGGCAAGGCCGAAAAGCGCAAGGACGAGUCAGAGAGCAGUGAGGAGGAGUCAGACAGUGAAGAGGAGGCGCCUGCAGCCGUGGCUCCAGCCCAGGCAAAACCAGCUAUGAAAACACCCCAGACCCAGGCCCCUCCAAAGAAGGGCACCCCCGUUACCCCUGCACCUGCCAAGGUUCCCCCGGUGCGAGUGGGCACACCGGCCCCUUGGAAGGCAGGAGCCUCAUCCUCUCCAGCCUGCGCCUCAUCCCCAGCUCUGGCCAGGGGCGCCCAGAGGCCCGAGGCCUCUUCAAGCAGCGAGGAGUCGGAGAGUGAGGAGGAGACCACUCCUGCCCCACCAGCAGGACAGGCAAAGUCUGCGGGUAAAAGCGUCCCGGUGAAAGCUGCCUCUGCACCCACCAAGGGGUCCUCGGGCCAAGGGGCUGUCCCAGUACCCGCUGGGAAGGCAGGGCCUGCAAUGGCCCCGGCUAAAGCUGAGGUUCAGGAAGAUUCAGAGAGCAGUGAGGAGGAAUCAGACAGUGAGGAGGUGACUGCAGCCCCAGCCCAGGUGAAGACCUCAGCGAAAACCCCACAGACCAAAGCCAACCCAGCUUCCACCAGAACAGCUUCAGCCAAAGGGGCGGCGUCUGCUCCCGGAAAAGUGGCCACUGCAGCAGCUCAAGCCAAACAGGAGUCCCCGGCCAAGGUAAAGCCAACAGCAAGAACCCCCCAGAACAAUGCUGUCUCAGUGAGGGGCCAGGGGUCUGUGGCAACUCUGGGGAAAGCAGUGGCCACGGCAGCCCAGGCCCAGCCGGGGCCAGUCGGGGGCCCACAGGAGGGCUCGGAGAGCAGCGAAGAGGAGUCAGACAGUGACGGGGGAGCCCCUGCUCAGGCGAAGCCCUCGGGAAAGACCCCCCAGGUCAGAACUGCCUCAGCCCCUGGCAAGGGGUUCGCCAGGAAAGGGGCUGCAGCAGUCUCCCCCGGGAAGUCAGGAGCCGUGGCCACCCAGGCCAGGAAGCCAGAGGAGGACUCGGAGAGCAGCAGUGAGGAGGAGUCUGACAGUGAGGAGGAGGAGGCGGUGGCGGCACCAGCCCAGGUGAAACCUGCUGUAAACCACCCCCAGAGCAAGGCCUCCCUGACGAAAGGUGUCGCAGGCACUCCUAAAUCUACCAAGGCUCCCCCGGCACGAGUGGACACACCGGCCCCACAGAAGCCUAGGCCAAUGACUCCUGCCAAGAAGGAGAGUGACUCCAAAACUGCCAGAAGCAAGACCCUGGCCCCAGCACGUCCAGAGAAGAAUGCCAGAGGGUCCUCGGAGAGCAGUGGCGAGGAGCUCCCGGCCAGCCAGGCCAGACAGGGAGUGGAGCUCAGACCGAGUCUGACCCGAGGGUGGAAGGUGGGCUCGUCUGGCGGCCUGACUCCUGGCUCCAUGCGUGCCAGUCCAGCUGGCCCAGCUGCUACCGCCACACAAGCCCCAGCUGCAAACACCCCGAGGAAGGCCCGGGCCUCGGAGAGCACAGCCAGGAGCUCCUCCUCUGAGAGCGAGGAUGAGGAUGUGAUCCCUGCUACGCAGUGCUCCAUUCCCGCCACUAGAACAAACGCGACCACGCUCGUGGCCCACCCAAGGCCCGCUGUCAGAGCCAGCAGCAGUGAGGUGUCCGGUCGGGUGUCGGAAGGCAAGAAACAGGAGGCACCGGUCGCUCAGGUGACAAAGAGGAACCCUGCUCACCUCCCGCUGACUCAGGCCGCCCUGAAGGUCCUUGCCCAGAAAGCCAGUGAGGCCCAGCCUCCUGCUGCCAGGACCCCGUCUUCAAGUGGGGUUGACAGUGCUCUGGGAACACUCCCUGUGACGAGUCCCCAGAGAGCCCCUGUGCAGGCCAAAGUGACCAACAAGUUCAGGAAACCUGAGGUUCCUGUGGUCCAGCAGGCCACGGCCACCCCUGCAGGACGCCCCAGAGCCAAGGCCUCUGAGACCUCCAACGACAGUGAGGACAGCAGCGGCAGCUCUUCAGGGAGUGAGGAGGAUGCUGAUGGGCCCCAGAUGGUCCCCUCGGCCCACAGACUGGGUCCGGCCCCCUCCACAACGGAGACCUUGGUGGAGGAGACCACAGCAGAGUCCAGUGAGGACGAGGUGGUGGCACCCUCUCAGUCUCUCCUCUCAGGUUAUGUGACCCCUGGGCCAACUCUGGCCAAUUCCCAGGCUUCAAAGGCCACUCCCAGGACAGAUCUCGACCCCUCGGCUUCCUCUGCUCCCGCCACCAAAGAUGCCCCAGACGGCAAGCAGGAAGUGGAGCCCCAACAAGUAGCAGGCACCAUAUCCCCUAAAACAGGCAGAAGACAGGCUGGUCCCACGCCUCAGAAGCCCCGGAAGCCCAAGAAGGAGGCUGGGAGCCCCCAAGCAUCCACGCUGGCGCUGCAGGGCGACAUCAGCCGGCGCCUCCUGAACGAGCCCUGGCCCCUGAACGAGGCCCAGCUCCAGGCCUCGGUGGUCAAGGUCCUGACGGAGCUGCUGGAGCAGGAAAGGAAGAAGGCCGCGGAUGCCGCCAAGGAGAGCAGCAGGAAGGCGGGGGGCCGCAAGCGGAAGCUGUCGGGGGACCAGACGGCUGCCAGGGCCCCCAAGAGCAAGAAGAAGAAGCAGCCGGUGGCUGGGGGAAGCGGGGAGGGUGCAGUCUCGCCAGAAAAGGCCUCCGGGACUCCUAAGGGGAAAUCCAAGAGAGCCGGAGCAAGUGGUGACAUCAAGGAGAAGAAGGAAAAAGAGUCUCCUGGCUCUCAGGGGGCCAAGGAGAGGCCAGAAGGGGAGCCGGGGACGCUGAAGGUGGAGGGUGGAGACCAGGGCAACCCCAAGAGCAAGAAAGAGAAGAAGAAAUCCGACAAGAAAAAAAAAGACAAGGAAAAAAAGGAAAAGAAGAAGAAAGCAAAAAAGGCCUCAACCAAAGACCCUGACUCGCCAUUCCAGAAGAAAAAGAAGAAAAAGAAGAAGACAGCGGAGCAGACUGUGUGAGGGGCACAAGAGGACAGAAGACGACAGCCAGCUGCAGUGUCCGUGCUGGCCGAGCGAGGGAGCCCUGCAGAGAGGCUGGUCCGAGGAGGAAGAGGAGGAAAUGCAUCCAGAUCCAGUGACCUCCACUCACUGAUUCCACGUCUGACUUCUGUCCUGACACCGAACGCUUCAUAUAGAUGUGUACAGUAUAUAUAUAUAUAUUUUUUUAAGUGACCUGCCUCCCCCUUCAAACACAACAUGCCCAGAGGCCUCGGGACUUUGCACCUCUUUGCCCUGCAGACCUAGCGAGGCCCAGCCUACAGCUCCUUCCAUCCCUGGUCUCUGGCUGAUGCUGAGGCCUUGUCCUCCUCUAUCAGUUUUUUCCCUGUUUUGUUUGUGGUUUUUUUGUAACAACUCAAAAUAAAAGGCUUGAAGGAAA